CAUGGAUAUUUACCAUCUCUUCUCUCUUAUGAGGAUGACUCGGGCUCUUUUAUUGGCAAUCUCUGACCAUCCUUCUCCUCCUUACAGGCCCAAUAGCCAGCAAUCAUGUUUCUUCAACGAGGAUCUCGUGCGCUACAGAAGCAAUGGCAUGUUGCUAAAGGCAUGGGCAGCAUGGUAGUGGGCUCUCGAGCUCCUAUGAUGGCCAAGACUCAAAGAUGGUUCAGUGAAUCCAGAAGAUUAAUGGCUGUCAAACCUGUUGUUCUGGCUGACAUUGGCGAAGGUAUCGUCGAAUGUGAAGUCAUUCAGUGGUUCGUGGAACCCGGUGCCCGCGUCGAAGAGUUCUCUCCACUAUGCGAAGUCCAAAGUGAUAAGGCAUCUGUGGAGAUUACAAGCCGCUUCUCAGGCGUGGUCAAGAAGCUGCACUACGAAGCUGGCGAAAUGGCCAAAGUCGGCAAACCCUUUGUUGACAUUGAUAUUGAAGGCGAGGCAAAGGCCGAGGACGUUGACGCACUAUCAAAUCAACAAGCCGACAAAGUGGAUGUGCCUCCACCACCACCUACAGCGUCUGAGGCCGGAACAGAGCAGCAAGCGAAUCUAGAAGCGCCUAUCGAGACAACCGUCAGGGAGAAGGGCAAAUGCGCCAGCAUCGCUACUCCAGCUGUGCGGCAUCUUUCCAAGGAGCUCAAUGUGAACAUCGCAGAUGUUGAUGGCACUGGAAGAGAUGGCAGGGUUCUCAAGGAAGAUAUCUACAGAUUUGUCAAGGAGAGGGAUGCCAAGGAUAGUGCCCAGCAAGUAUCUCCAACUGCUGCGUCUUCCAAGCCACAAGGCACCUCGGUACAAGCCGAAACAGUUGUGCCUCUUUCCAACACACAACUCCAGAUGUUCAAGACUAUGACAAGGUCAUUGACCAUCCCACACUUUCUCUACGCGGACGAGAUUGACUUCACGAGUCUCGUGGAGCUUCGGAAGCGACUAAACCGUGUUAUUGCCAAGGGCCCUACAGCCGACGGACAACCUACCAAGCUAUCAUAUCUACCCUUUAUAGUUAAGGCUGUCUCAUUAGCGUUGAAUCAGUACCCAAUGCUCAAUGCCAGGGUGGAUGUUGACCCCAAGACUAACAAGCCAUGCCUCGUUCAUCGAUCACAACACAACAUUGGUAUCGCUAUGGACACCACCGGAGGGCUUGUCGUGCCCGUGAUCAAGAACGUCGCUUCUCUCAACAUCCUAUCCAUCGCGGCAGAGCUCUCACGGCUUCAGGCAUUGGCCAGCCAGGGUAAGCUUAAGCCAGCUGAUUUCCAAGGGGGCACCAUUACAGUGUCCAAUAUUGGAAACGUGGGUGGUACAUACGUCAGUCCUGUCAUUGUGGAACGCGAAGUGGCCAUUCUGGGCAUUGGACGCAUGCGCACAGUACCUGCGUUUGACGAGAACGAGAACAUGGUCAAGAAGCAGGUCACCAACUUCAGCUGGAGUGCUGAUCACCGAGUUAUUGAUGGCGCUACCAUGGCGCGAGCCGCUGAGGUUGUAAGACAAAUAGUGGAAGAGCCGGAUCUUAUGGUAAUGCAUCUGAAAUAGAUAAGAGGGCGUUAAUGUAUAUAAUCUAGAUUACCAAAAAUUCAUAAAUUACGAACACGAAAGAGGAUAUACAAAGCUGGUGAGACGCUGCUGAGCCGCG